AUAGCUUUCUGUCUGGUUAGAUUGCACAAGUUCAUUCCUUAGCUCAAAGAUAUCAAUUGUAGCCUAUUUCAUGCUUUUUACUGUAUUCAUGACAAUCAGGAAGUAUUAUUUUGACGAGCCUUCAGAACAUUGUACGAAAUGAAGGAGUGAAGGGAUUGUACCGUGGCCUUUCACCAACAUUGACAGCAUUACUUCCAAAUUGGGCAGUUUACUUCACUGUUUAUGGACAACUCAAAGAGCUGCUGCAUUCACAUGAGGAUAGAAAUGGUCAACUUUCAUUUGGCUCAAACAUGAUAGCUGCUUCAGGAGCUGGGGCUGCUACAUCCAUUGCAACAAAUCCAUUGUGGGUUGUUAAGACACGACUUCAAACACAAGGAAUGAGGCAGGGCGUUGUUCCUUAUAAGAAUAUUUUUUCUGCUCUGAGACGCAUUGCACGAGAGGAAGGAAUUCGAGGAUGGUAUAGUGGCCUUCUGCCUUCCCUGGCUGGGAUUAGUCAUGUCGCUAUUCAGUUCCCUGCAUAUGAAAAGAUAAAAUACUACUUAGCAAAACGGGAAAACAAGAGCUCCAAUGAUCUAAGCCCUGGAAAAGUUGCAAUUGCCUCUUCAUUUUCAAAAGUGAUUGCUUCUCUUUCGACUUACCCACAUGAGGUUGUGCGGUCGAGGUUGCAAGAGCAAGGACGAAUGAGGAAUUCUGUGUUACAAUAUGAUGGUGUUUUUGAUUGCAUCAAGAAGGUGUUUGAAAAGGAAGGUCUUAAGGGAUUUUAUCGUGGUUGUGCUACUAAUCUCUUGCGAACAACUCCAUCUGCUGUCAUAACUUUUACCAGCUAUGAGAUGAUUCAUAGGUUUUUGCUUCGCGUUUCACCUCCAGACGAGAAGCACUCAGAACCACAAGCGAAACCUGAUGGCCAGUUCAAGUUCCACAAGGAAACUGUAAUUUCUGGUGAUGCCCCUUCUAAUAACCGGAGUAGUUUGGUUUCUUUGGAAAAAUCAGAUAAGUUACCAGCUACACAUUGAAUAGAAUUAGUUUCCAGUGCAAUCUCGCAAAUGGAAUCUUUAAUACAUACAAUUCAGUAGAGAUUGUUGGAAAAAUUUUGUUCGCUUUCCUGAUUGUGUAAUAAGUUGAAAAUUUAUUCUUUCACAUUUUUCGAGUUUCCCCUUUGUCCAAAGGAUUGGAAAACCUUUACUAGAGCAACCAUUUGCUGUGUUUUUUU